AUGAAUAUUCAGCGCAGGCAAAGUGAUAAGCUGCUGAGUCAGCGUAGCCUUGCUUUCUUUGCACGUUCCCCAAUACGGAAGCCGAAGAAGCUUAAGAAACAACCAUCUGUCGCCAGCAUGAAAUUCGGCAAGACUUUCCAGAGUUACCAAACUCGUUUGCACGAGUCAUCAGAAAUCCCAUCCAGGUUCGCUCAGGUUGACUACCGAGCUUUGAAAAAGAUUCUAAAGCGAUGCCUCUCCUCGCGAGCUCACAGCGACGCCAUUCCAGCAUGCGCGCCCAGCCCGCCAGAGGACGCUUCCAUAAACGCCGUCAACUCUGUCAAUUCCGUCAGCCCCGUCGACGUUAUAAACUCCGUCAACUUUGACGCCGUCAAGCCGGCGGCCGGUUGUCCCCAUUGCGACGACAAGUUCUUCAAGCUGCUGGAGGAGGAGCUGCGAAGCAUCGAGCGAAGCUUCACCCGCGAGGCGGCGCGCGUCAUCAGCUGCCAUAACGCGCACGGGCUGUCGGCGAUUCUGUCGCGCUUCUCCGACUUCAGCAAGCCCGAGGUCAUGUACUGCGCAGCGUCGAGCCUGCUGGAGCACCUCGCGCUCAGCUACCUCGCUACAAGGAAAAUCGUUAAGAAGUACGUCAAGGUGCACAGCGCUCAUAUGAAAUCCGAGCCCAGUAUUGGGGAUGAGUCGGAAGGGGCUGACAGCCGCGGAACCGGCGGAACUGGCGAAAACGGCGGAAGCUGCGGAAGCGGCGGAAACGCGGAGGCGUGCAGGAACGGCGGAAACGCGGAGCGACUGGAGGACAUUCGGCUGCUGCAGCAGCGCAUCCUGCGCUCCCCGCUGAUGCUGGAGCUGACUGCUCUUCUGUCCAACCUGAGCUAUGCGCUGGAACAGAAGCAGCUGAAGCUGCAGCAGAAACAGCAGCAGCAGCAGCAGCAGCAGCGGCAUCAGGGUUGCGAUCAUGGUGAAGCAGGUUCCGGCUGCUCGUCAGCACCGCUCUCCAGGGGGGAGAGGCGCGAGCAGCGGCAGCGGCAGCAGCUGUUUGGGUGCGAGCACCACCACCUGCACCGCUACUGCCACGACCCGCGUUGCCCGGGGUUUGACCCCCAGCGCAGCAAGGAGCACUGCGACCGCAAGUGGCGCUACCAGCACCUGCGCUGGCUGCACAUUCUCGCGCCCAUGCAGAGCACUUGGACGGGCGGCGGCGGGGGCGGGAGCGCCUCAGGUGUUUUUUCAGGCAGGCUGCUUUGGAGCCCGGGAAAGGGGGUUGCUGACGGCCGCGCAGCGGAUUCCCCAGGUGGGUUUUCAGGUGGGGGGAGUCCUGGUGGGGCGAGGGAGGUGGAGGAGCGUGUGUGGAGCGAUGAGGAGGACGGCGACGAGGAGGAGGAGGUGGAGGUAGUGCCUCUAACGGAAUGUGGGUGUAGCUUGGACCUUUUUGAACGCUCUGCUGGUGCUGCUGCUGCUGGCAGUGGUGCUGGCAGUGGUGCUGGUGCUGGUGCUGGUGCUGUUGCUGGUGAUGGUGGCGGCAGCAGUGGUUUGGGGGUAUUUGGAAGCGGAAACAGCAUCAGCAGUGGCAGUCAAGGUCAAAGCAGCUCCGAAGGGGCACUGAGCGUGGGGGUGGGUCUGGGAGAGCGGGGCUUGGUAAACGGGUGCAGCGAUAGUGGUGGUGGUGGUGCUGCUGCUGAUACCAUGUGGAGCUGUUUCAGCAGCAGUGAGAGUCUGCUAGGGGGGCAGAGUGUUGGGAGUGAGAACGCAAUGGCUGUCACCUCAGAUGGGACUCCAGAGCGAUUGCCAGGGCAGGAGCAGCAGGUGGGGGAGGAGGAUCAGGAGGAGGAGGAGAAGCAGGCAGAGCAGUCACACCAGCAGCCAGAGCAGCAGCCAGAGCAGCAGCCAGAGCAGCAGCCAGAGCAGCAGCAUGGGGGUUCGGAGCAGGUGCUGGAGUUGCAAUUGAGGCCCGAGUUUCACGCCCACGUGGAGUUCAAGUGCCCCGUCUGCCUUGAUGUGUUCUUUGAUCCCAUUGCGUUAGCCUGCGGGCACAUCUACUGCCGCUCCUGCGCCUCGUCAGUCGCCAAGGUGGCGGCCUUUGAAGACAUCCGCAUGGCGUCGCGCCACAUCACAUGCCCCGUCUGUCGCCAGGCGGACGUUUUUGGGGGCAUGGUGUCGUUGCGAGAGCUGCAUCGGCUGAUUAUGGCUCGGCAACCAGAGCAAUGGAAGGAGAGGAGGGACGAGGAGUUGAAGCAGAGGUUGGCGGAGGAGAGGAAGUAUAUGGAUGAGCAGAUGAGGGUCGCUAUGAGAUUGCACUGA